AUCCAGAAAGCAGGCAUGGCUGUUGGACUCUGGAGGAGCGAGCCAAAGCGUCAGUGACUGCCUUGUCACACACCCCACUCUGAAGAAGGGAUAUGCAUGCUCUCAACACCAGACAGAUCUCUCAGGAAAUUCCUAAUUUUGCCAAGGGUCACCUGUUCUCCGGGCUGGUUUGUACACCUGAAAAAGCUUCUAUUUUCACUUCUGUCCGGAGGAGUAUGACUGGCUGUGUAUGUUCCUGAUAAAGACCAUCCCUAUCCUCCACCUUUUAAAUAGCCUGUGAUCUGAAGCCCCGUGCCAGGAAGGUGGGACAUUGAGCGUCACUAUGGCAUCUGAGGACAUAGCAGCUGCUGUGGGUCGUGGGACCAUGCUGGAGUCUGCCGUGUCAGCCGAGACCAGAAAUGACUUUAUCACUUCAGACUACAGCAUGUCUUGGAGUCCAAGCAAAGCACGCCCACGUUCUCACCAGCCAGAAGUUAGCAACCAGGGCAGCAGAGGCUGCUGCUGCUCACCCCUCCCUCUGUCUCUGAAGUUAUCUUAUGACACCGGGCAGGGGAUGUUUUUGGAUGCAGGAUGCAAAUGCUGGGAUUACUCUAACCCUAAACAUGCUAGUGCCUUAGACCAGCUCAGCGCCACGUCUCUGGGGGAGCGGAGGAUGGGAGGGUUGGGUUUUAGGGCCUGGAAGGCUGGUUGCAGAAGGACCUGGCACCCCAUCGUAUCAGUUAGAGGGCACGGCGCGGAAACUCUGGCCAUCAGCCUGCGGGUUUGCAGGGGGCUGCUCGGCUACUCCGGAGUCAGACUCUCGGAGAUCCACCAUGUGCUGAGUGUUGACAACCUGGUCCACCCAUGCAGGAAGCUCCUAGCCUUUGCCAGAUGUGUGUGUCUUAGGGUGGAAUGGCCUCCCUACCUCUGCCCGGCUCAGCCUAGGUACGGGUACCGGGCCAGCUCCCAGAAGACCUCUGUGUAUGCCUGUCUGACCGGGGCCCUGCUGGAGGCCACCGCCGCCAUCGGGGCCCGCAGUGCUCUGCCCAGAGUCACUGUGUGCUCCACUGGCCACGCCAUGCUCAAAGAGCGUCAGAUGUGCAGCAUGUUAGUGUCGAGCGCCCUUCCGCCCAACAUGAUGGACAUCAGCAAGGAGCUGGCUGAGCUGUGCCACCUGAUCCAGUUCCCCGAGGAGAUUGCUCGGAUCCUGACGGAGCAGGAGCAGCAGCUGUACCGACGCAUCUUACCCCUGGACUACCUCUGCUUCCUCACUAGGGACCUGGGCAGCCCCGACUGUAGCAAGCACCUGCACCCCAGCCUCGAGGACUCGCUGUCGGGCCCGGCCUUGCCCACGCAGACCCAGAGGAACUCUGUGGAGGACCUGGUCACACGAUUCAAUGAGGUGAGCUUGUGGGUGACCUGGUUAAUCCUGACUGCGGGUACCAUGGAGAAGAAGAGAGAGAUGUUCUCCUACCUGGUCCAUGUAGCCAAGUGCUGCUGGAACAUGGGCAACUACAACGCUGUCAUGGAGUUCCUGGCUGGACUACGGUCUCGUAAAGUGCUGAAGAUGUGGCAGUUCAUGGACCAGUCAGACAUUGAGACCAUGCGCAGCCUGAAAGAUGCCAUGGCGCAGCACAAGUCUUUGUCCGAGUACAGGAAGGUGGCACUUAACAUCCCAGGGUGCAAGGUGGUGCCCUUCUGUGGUGUCUUCCUCAAAGAGCUGAGUGACGCGUUGGAUGGAGCAGCCAGCAUUAUCAGCCUGCGCCACUCACCGCAUGACUUGCCAGAGUUUGUGACGGACUACGGCGGGCAGGAGCACUUCCUGCAGAGGGUGGGGCCAGACGGACUGCACAGCCACGUGAAGGAGGCCACGGUCAGUAACAUCCUGCAGAUCAUCCGCUCCUGCAACCGCAGUCUGGAGACGGAGAACUGGGACCACCACAAAGGCUUCACCUCUCACAGGAACUAUUUCAUGGACAGGAACCAGUUUGUGGAGGGCGACCUGUCUGAGCAGGCUAAAGAGGUGGCAUUCCAGGGCACCGAGGAGACCCACCGUUCCUUUAGCCACGGCACAGAGCUCAUCCCCUGGUACGUGCUCUCCCUCCAGCCUGACAUCCACCAGUUCCUCCUGCAGGGAUCCACCGUCAUCCACUACGACCAGGAGAGCCACCUCACCGCUCGCUGCUUCCUCCGCCUGCAGCCCGACAACUGCUUUCUGACCUGGGUUAAUCCCCAGAGCGGCAGCCCCCCCACAGAUCCCCCAGGCCUGGGUCAACCCGUUGUGAGCGGCCUGGCGGAGGGCCUGCUGGACAUCUCUGUGGUCAAGGCUGUGUUCAUGGGCCACCAGGGGGUGGACAUGUUCGCUGUGUGUCUGCAGAACAAGCUGUGUAACACCAUGAGGGCCGAGGAGAAUGGGGUCAGUCUGCUCUACGGGCUCCAUACUACAGACAACAGGCUACUGCACUUUGUGGCCCCCAGGCACACAGCCAGCAUACUGUAUGAGGGCCUGGUGGAGCUGGUCAACGCCAUGAGGAAGCUGAAGAAGUUCCCAGAUAAGAGGCUGCACUGGCUCAGGAGGCAGUACAUCCACCUCUAUUGGGAGGAGGGCAGGUUUGAGGGUCCCACCCUAGCUCAGGCCAUCAAGCUGUUUGGGGGGCGGUGCUGGAACAUGGGCACAGAGAAGCCCAGCACGCAGAAGAACAGCUCCACCACCAAGAAGAAGAAGAAUGCUCUCGUCAGGAAAUACAGCGGGGAUGCUACCGAUGACGAGACGAGCCAACGUAAAACCAAGAGCUGCAAGGACACCCUGUGCAGAAACGGGCCGGAGCUAUAUGACAGCGUGCACCAGGAAGAGUUAGAGGACGGCUUCCCUGGACCCCUCCCCCAACCGUGCUGCAAGAGCCCUGGUUCCCUGACCUCUGGCUCCCUGGCUUCCUCCCCCAUCCUCUCAGGCAGCACCAAGGCCCAGCCAGGUGCAUGGAGCAGCAAGAGCUGGCACGGCCUAGGGAAGGGCUACUUCAAGGGCUUCCAGGACCUCAUGAGCUCUGACAGCACUAUGAGCUUCAUCGAGUUCAUCGAGCUCUUCAAGUCUUUCAGCAUUCGGAGCCGUAAAGACCUGAAGGAGCUGUUUGACACCUACGCCGUUCCUUGUAGGAGCUCCGGCCCAGAGUCUGCCCUCCUCUACACCACCCUGAGGAUUGACGACAAGGAAACGGGACUGCAGCCUGACCUAGACUUGCUGACCCGUAAUGGAUCGGACCUGGGCCUCUUCAUCCGAACACGCCAGCAGACGUCGGAAAACCAGAAGCAGAUCUCGGACGCCAUUGCUGCAGCCAGCAUCGUGACCAAUGGGACGGGCGUGGAGAACGCCUCUCUAGGAGUGCUUGGGCUGGCCAUCCCACAACUCAACGACUUCCUGGUCAACUGCCAGCGGAAACACCUGACCUACGAUGAGAUCCUCAGCAUCAUCCAGACAUUUGAGCCUUGUGUAAGCAUACGUCAGAUGGGUUGGAUGUCCUUUGAAGGUUUUGCCAGGUUUUUGAUGGACAAGGAGAACUUUGCAUCUAAGAACGAGGAGUCUCAGGUGAAUGCGGAGGAGCUCCAGUACCCAAUGUCAUACUACUACAUAGAGUCCUCUCACAACACGUACCUCACUGGACACCAGCUCAAAGGAGAGUCCUCCGUGGAGCUUUACAGCCAGGUGCUGCUGCAGGGCUGCAGGAGUGUGGAGCUGGACUGUUGGGAUGGAGAUGACGGAUCACCCAUUAUUUACCACGGAUACACCCUGACCACCAAGAUCCCCUUUAAGGAUGUGGUGGAGGCGAUCAAUCGCACUGCUUUUGUCAACUCGGACAUGCCGGUCAUCCUGUCCAUUGAGAACCACUGCUCUCUGCCCCAGCAACGCAAAAUGGCUGAAAUCUUCAAGGCGGUGUUCGGAAUCAAGCUGGUGAGCAAAUUCCUGUUUGAAAGUGAUUUCUCUGAUGACCCGCUGCUCCCCUCCCCCCUGCAACUGAAGGGAAAGAUCCUCCUCAAGAACAAGAAGCUGACAGCCCACCAAGCUCCUGUUGACAUUCUCAAACAGAAGACUCACCAGCUGGCCCACAUAAAGGCACAGACCGGCAACGGGGCUCCUGGUAACCACGAUGAUGACGAUGAAGAGGAAGAAGACGAGUAUGACGAUGACUGCGAAUCCCUGUCUGAUGAUAACAUCCUGAAUGAUAAACCAGAAAGGAAGUCAUCAGGUGACAAGGAAGACCAUCCCAUCACUGAUGAGAUGGCCAAGAGGAUGAAGAAAGCAGACAAUGCUGUAACUAAGUACAAAGGGAAGGUAUUUGACAUAGAGCUGGAAGAAGAGUUAUAUCCCCCCCAGAACAAGAAGGAGAGUCGACAGAUCGCUCAGGAGCUCUCUGACCUCAUCAUCUACUGCCAGGCCGUCAAGUUCCCUGGCCUCUCCACCCUCUCUCAUUCAGCCUCUGGCAGAAGAAAAGACAGAAAGAACAAGAAGUCCGUCUUUGGCAUGGAUCCUGGUCGUAGUGGAGGCAGCCCCAGGGAGGCGGUACCAGGGAAGGGUAGCGUGGAGGGCAUCCGUCUGAGCUGGGAAGAGCAGACAUCGCCCGUGCUCAGCCCCAAUGCCUCAGUGAGUGCCGUCAUCCACACUCCCAAGUGCUACCACAUCUCCUCUGUCAACGAGAACACUGCCAAGCGCCUGUGCCGCCGCAACUCAGAGAAGCUAAUCCAGCACACCACCUGCCAGCUGUUAAGGACCUACCCGGCCGCCACACGCAUCGACUCAGCCAACCCCAACCCUCUGCCCUUCUGGCUACACGGCAUGCAAGUGGUGGCUCUCAAUUAUCAGACUGAUGACCUGCCCAUGCAGUUGAACACAGCUCUGUUUGAGGCAAAUGGGCAUUGUGGAUAUGUCCUGAAACCUCCAGUGCUGUGGGAUCGCUGCUGUCCCCUCUACCAGCAACUCUGCUCCCUGGAGAGAGACGUGGAGAGCAUAAGCCCAACACUCUACUCUCUGACUAUUGUGUCUGGGCAGAACGUGUGCCCAGCCAUCGGCGCGGGCAGCCCCUGUGUGGAGGUGGAAGUAAUGGGCAUGCCCGUGGACAGCUUCCAAUUCCGCACCAAGCCCAUCCACCGCAACUCGCUCAACCCCAUGUGGUCAGAGCACUUCCGAUUCCCCGUGCACUUUGAGGACGCCUGCUUCCUGCGCAUCGCUGUGGUCGAGAACAACAGCUACCAAACCACUGCUCAAAGGAUUCUGCCCCUACGGGCCCUCAAACCAGGCUAUAGACACAUCCAGCUGAGGACGCAGCACAACGAGCCCCUGGAGGUGUCCAGUCUGUUCAUCUAUAGCCGCAGAGUAGAGGAGAGCCCCACCGGCACAGCCCUGCCUGCUGCCAUGCUGUUUAGUUCUGAGGAGCGGAGGGCAGCCCAGCAGCACAAAGUGACUGUCCACGGUGUGCCAGGUCGAGAGCCUUUCACUGUAGUGUCUGUGAAAGAGCAGACCACCGCCGGACAGCUACUGGACACGUUGCUGAUGUCCACAGAUGGUGCCAGUGAGUACUUCCUUUGUGAGGAGAAGGUGUCACUGGGGAAGGAGCGCAGUGACCGUAAGAGGUGUCCUCAGCAGCGCCCCGUAGCCCCUGAGGAGGAGAUCAUCAGGGUUAUCAACAGCUGGCAGCCCGAAGAGGGAUAUGUGGGCAGAAUCUGCCUUAAAACCAAGGAAGAGAUGGCCCGUGAGGACAAGAGGAAAGGCAUCUCGUUUGUCAGCGAACUGAAGAAACUGACGAGUUGCAGCCAGAGCGUCGUUGCCCUGGCCGCACAAGAGAGCAGCCACAGUAAGGAUGAAAGCAGCAGGGCAGCAUACUGUGUGCCUCUGACUGAGACCCGGGAGUGAGACGCUCAGUCUGCAGUGUGUGGAUGGAGUCCCCAGAAGGGUCUCCCUCUAUAGGACUCGAAGGCCUGGGUGGUGGAGGGCUGGGCGGAGGCGGAGAGGCUCCUCCUGUGGGGUGGUGACCGUCCUUGGGAGCAGGGCCCACACCGGCUAUCUGACCUCCAGACAGUGUAUGAACUCCAGACAGUGUAUUUAGUUGAGGUGCAGGAAGCAGCAGUAGCUGCGGCUACCAGCCUUUCUCUUGCUAAGAAUGAGGGCAUUGUGAAUGUGGCCAACAAGCUGGCUUGUUGUUUGAUUCCCUUUGGCUGCAUUUACACAGGCAACCCAAUUCUGAUCAUUUGCCUAGUUAUUGGCAAAAUAGCUGAUCUGAUUGGUCAAAAGGCCAAUUAGUGAGAGAAAAAACGAUGCAGGCCUUAUGUCCCAAUUUUCACAGUACUGUAAUUUAUAACUAUAUAGUUGUGUAUUUGAUGAUAUUCAGUGUUUUGCACGUAGUAGUUUUGCUGUUAUAUUCAGUAUUUUUUUAUCUCCAUUUUUCCGAUGGUUUAUCUUGUUUGAUAUGAAAGUGUGCUUCAAAAGUAUUGUGACGGUGACUGUUUUUGUUUUGACUCCUUACUCCCGCACUUUGGAUUUGAAAUUAUACAAUGAUUAUGAGUUUAUUAAAGUGCGGACUGUCAGCUUUAAUUUGAGGGUAAAAAAUAUUUUGUCAUUUUGGAGAAUCUAAGAAUCUAAUAUGUUUCGAAACACUUCUACAUGAAUGUGUAUGCUACCGUUAUUACGGAUAGUCCUGAAUUGUAUUGUGAAUAAUGAGUGAGAAAGUUAGACACACAAAUAUCAUACCCCAAAAACAAUGCUAACCUCCCCUGUUAUUGUAAUGGUGUGAGGUAAGCAUGUCUUGGGGGUAUGAUAUUUGUGCGUCUGUCUUACUCAUCAUUAUUCAUUAUCCGUAAUCAUGGUAGCAUCCACGUUAAUGUAAAAGUGUUAAGAAACAUAUUCAAUUCUUAUUUACAAUAAAAGUGACACCAAAAUGACAAUGCAUGAUUUACCAUUCAUUCCUAUUGGUCACAAAAUAAUCUGAAACACAACCACAACAAACUGCAAAUCCAUCCAAGUUUGUAGAGUUACAAGCUUGAAGUAAUCAUAGCGUGCUAGGAAUAUGGGACCGAAUACUAAACCUUUGACUACUUUAAUACACUGGAGUACUCACUGUAUGAUGGUGUAUGGUGUUUGAUAUGAUAUUUGAAAACAAAAUGAGAUUUUGGUUUCAAAUUCAACUCGUCAUUGCAGCAGGUCCAAGCGUAUCAGCACUUGAGAACCCCAUCACCUCUUGAUGUCAAAAGCAAGAGGUUUUCGAAUACCCAGGUAUAAUUUAUUUUUGUAAAACAUCAAAUCAAAAGUACAUUUUUAAAGGGGCAAUCAGCAAUUCCUACAUCCAUUUUUGGACUGAUAAGUACCCAUUUGAUUCUUGAAUAAUAUAACUUUAAUUUAAAGGCCUCAUAAGCUUAGUUCAACUGUCGUACCCCAUCAGAACCCAAAAUGUAAGCUUGUUUUACUCCAAUGUUUGCAAACCAACAAAAUGUAAACAAACUAUAUAGCCUUGAAACAUGGUUUAAAGUUUAAUUUUGAUAUCAUGGUUGGUCAAUCCUUGCAUCCAUAGCUCGGUCUAUGAAUUUGAGUGAUUACAUUUCUCCAGCCCCGUCCCUCAACUAUCAUAAUGUCAAUACAGGGUUUAGCGAUUUCUGAUAUUGUUCCUAAGUUGUUUAUUGAUGAAAUUGAUGAUAGUAUUAUACUGAGUUGUCUACUAGGUGUUUUAACCUAUGCCCAUUUCAGUCUGUUGUCCGAAACUUGUUUCAAUGGGGGCCCAUGUUGUUUCCCUCCUUAAUUUAGAAUGUGGAUCACUAAGUGUGAGAUUUGUAUAACAGUCAGUCCGUAGUUUUUUUUCAACUUAGUUUUAAAACAAACUUAUACUAUGAAGGUGUGGCAUUUCUAAUGAAUGAUUUAUAUUGUA